AUGCUUUCUUCAGCUGCUGCAAGGUACUCCUCCUCCUUCACCAAAUUUCCUCUCUUUGCUACUUGUACCUUCUUUCUCUCUUUCCCUUGUUCCCUCACUCUCAAAUGUUAUCUUCAUUCCCACUCCCCAAACCCCAACAACAUCCGCGACGCCGUUGAUACAGUCACUCACUUCCUCCACAUGCGGCCCCCUCCCUCUAGAAAACAUAUCAAUAGGAUUUUAGGGUCUAUAGUGAAGAUGAGACAUUAUCCCCUGGUUAUCUCACUUCUUGCACAAGCCGAGUUGAAGGGCUACGUGCCAGAUUUAUGUAACCUGAGCAUCUUGAUCAAUUGCCACUGCCACGUCGGUCAGAUGGAUCUUGCUUUCUCUCUGUUGGGGAAAAUUUUCAAGAUGGGCUAUCAACCAAACGCUGUAGUUUUGACCACACUAAUAAAAGGACUCUGUUUAAAUCAAAAUGUCGGCAAAGCUCUAGAUUUCUACGAUGACAUAAUGGCAAAAGGAUUGAAGUUAAAUGAAGUUAGUUAUGGAACAUUAGUAAAUGGGCUAUGUAAAAUGGGGAAAACGACAUCUGCUCUUAAAUUGCUUAAAGUAAUGGGGAGGCACCUUGUUAAGCCCAAUAUAGUUAUAUACAGCACAAUCAUUGAUGCGCUUUGUAAAGAAGGACUAGUUAAUGAUGCACACAAUCUCUAUUUUGAAAUGAUUGACCACGGGAUAUCUCCAAAUGUUGUUACUUAUAGUAGUCUAAUCCAUGGCUUCUGUAGCAUGGAUCAAUGGCAUCAAGCAAAUCAAUUACUCAAUGAAAUGAUAUCGAAAGAAAUACAACCAAAUGUUUAUACCUUUAACGUCCUAGUUGAUGCAUUAUGUAAAGAUGGAAGGAUUGUACAAGCUCAAGCUGUAUUUGCUAGGAUGGUGAAGAGUGAUCAAAGACCUAAUGUUGUUACGUAUAAUGCUGUGAUGGAUGGACAUUGUUUGACCAAUAAUAUCAUUGAGGCUAAGGAAGUUUUUAACAAGAUGAUUGAAAAUGGUUUGGCACCUGACAUUGUUAGUUAUAGCAUUUUGAUCAACGCAUGCUUUAAGAUGAAAAUGGUGGAUCAAGCGAUGGAUCUUUUUAAGGAAUUGCAUUCCAGAAAUUUGGUUCUUGAUGUUUUAACUUAUAAUUGCGUUAUUGAUGGGUUGCUCAAAUCACAAAGAAUCUCAUACGCGCAAGAUAUUAUUUAUGAGAUGCACGAGAGGGGUCUUCACCCUGAUUUAAUCACUUAUACCAUCUUGUUAGAUGCAUUUUGCAAAAUGGGACAUCUUGACAAGGCAAUUGCAUUAUUUAGGCAAAUUGUCAAUCAAGGAUUUCGGCCUGAUGUGAAGACCUAUACUAUACUUAUUGAUGGUUUGUGCAAAGGUGGUAGAUUAAAUAAUGCAUGGGACACUUUUCAGUAUCUUUUGGCUGAAGGUUACCAGCUAGAUGUGCGUAUCUAUACUGCUAUGAUUCAUGGACUUUGCAAAGAGGGUUUUCUUGAUGAAGCCGUGGCCUUGCUUGAUAGAAUGGAAGAGAACAAUUGCCUCCCUAAUUCCAUAACUCUCAACAUUGUUAUUCCAUAUCUUCUUGAAAACAAUGAGAAUGACAAGGCAGUUAAAGUUCUCAGUAGAAUGAUUGAUGGAGGCGUGCUGAAGAAAUAA